AUGGGUGUUUCGAAGCAGGACCAAAUCAUCAUCGUCGGUGCGGGGGCUUUUGGCCUGUCAACAGCUCUCCAUCUUUCGCAAGAUGGCUACUCAAAUAUCACGGUCCUUGAGCAGGAUGACGAGGUACCGUCAAGAUAUUCGGCCGCCAACGAUCUCAACAAGAUCAUGCGUGUUGAAUAUGAGGACCCGUGGUACACCGAUCUGACCAUAGAAGCUGCAGAGGCCUGGAAGAAACCACUCUUCGCGCCGUACUUCCACAGGGUGGGAUUUCUGCACUGCGCCUCGGGAAAGGCGGAGCAGAAGGCGGUCGACACGCUGAACCGCUUCCGAGGCGCCGCGGAGAGGCACCCGGAGGUUUCCCGGUUCGUCGUGCCGCUCGACUCGCGGAGGGACAUCCAGGACUCGACCUGGCAGCUCGAGGGCUCGCUCCCCGGGUGGAAGGGCUACCUGAACCGGUACGACGGGUACACGCACUCGGCGGACGCCCUGAGGGCGGUGCACCGGGCCACGCAGAAGCGGGGCGUGCGUUUCGUGCUGGGGCGCACCACCGGCGCCGUCGAGGAGAUCGUGUACGAGGGCGGGCGGGCCACGGGCGUGCGGACGAGGGACGGGCGGUUCCACGCCGCCGCGCUGGUCAUCGUGGCCGCGGGGGCCGUGGCGUCCCGGCUCGUCUCGGGCGCGGGCGGCUUCGUGCACGCCAAGUCGUGGGCGGUCGCGCACAUCCAGCUGACGCCCGAGGAGAGCGCGGCCCUGCGCGGGAUCCCCGUCGUCUACGCGCGCGACCUGGGCUUCUUCUUCGAGCCGGACCCGGCCACGAACCUGCUCAAGCUGUGCCCCAUGGGCGCGGGCAUCGUCAACACCGACCGCGCCACGGGGGUCUCGCUGCCCCCCGCCCAGCGCGACGCCAGCACCGGCUUCCUGCCCGCCGAGGACGAGGCCAAGCUGCGCGAGCUGCUGCGCCAGACCCUGCCCGCGCUCGCGGACCGGCCUUUCGUCCAGAAGUCGCUGUGCUGGUUCGCCGACACCGCCGACUCGGACUUUAUCGUCGACUACGUCCCCGGCUCGUCGAGCUCCGUCGUCCUGCUCUCGGGCGACUCGGGCCACGGCUUCAAGAUGUUCCCCAUCGUCGGUAAGUGGAUCACCGAGUUGCUGGCGUCGCCGAACGGCCAGAACAACGCACGGUGGCGGUGGAAGGAGACGCCCAAGGGAGGAGACUGGGGCAGCGCUGUGAGCUGGAGGGUUGGCACGACAACCGAGUUUAAGGACAUCAAGAGGGCAGGACGGGAGAGCAAGCUGUGA